AUGGCAGUCGCCUACCCGGCGUUGAACCGGCGACAGACAGGCUGUAACCCCCACCAGGCGCUAAAAAGAAGGACCCCAGCGCAGAGUCCGCGGAGGCGCACAGCUUCAUCGACAGCACUCAGCGCGGAGCCUCCUCACGGGUGCAGGCACGAUGACACCGGCUACCGCAGCCUGGGAGGCUGGCCCGGGACACGGGCUUCGGCGAACUCCAGGAGACGAACUUUCCCAGGGAGAAGGGAGUGGACCGGCCGCUGCUGCGCGGCCUUCGCCUCCCUCCGCCCACACACGCUGGGCUCUAAGGCCCUGAUCUCUCCCUUUGGCUUUCCUCCUUUCCAGAUGCGAAGUCUACCAACCACGAGGGGUGGAGGCGGCGACCAGGAGCUGGGACGACAGCAGCCGGAUGAGCCAGCCCACGGAGCCACCGAGGGUUUGCAACCCCGGGACCCGCAGCAUAGCUUCUGCGGCAACAAGUUCAGCCGGUUGCAACUGCACAAACUGGAGAGUGUUUUCCAACGCGCUCAAUACCCCGACGUGUUCACAGGCAAAGACUCAGCUACAUAUUGUAAGAAACCAGCAGCAGGAGAGUCCUGCCGUGGUCAGUUAAGUUUUACUGGUAACCAAAUGCCAAUUCUUGCCUUCAGGAUAUAUAAAUUAUCUUUAGAAAAAUUAAUGUUCAUGGAGCAUUCCCAUGGUCGUUGGCCCCGGCCGAUAAAGGAACUGCAUCUAAUUUUUGACAUAUGGGGCAUUGUUGUACUAUCGCACGGGCUUGAGUUCAUGAAAUAUGAUAAUCAUGAUGGAAAGAGCGAGCAUUGCAAUGAAAAUGGGAAUGAGCCUCAGUGGCCUGCAAAACAGAACCUACAAGAGUAUCGAUUAGUGCAUUACCUUUACUCAACGGUCCAGGCAAAUUGGUAUGAGCGCGAAUGUGCGUGA